AUGUUUUUGUCAGAAAUCAGCGAAUUGAACAGUCAAGUCAAUGACUUACGAGGCAAAUUCGUCAAACCAACAUUGAAGAAGGUUUCCAAAUACGAAAACAAAUUCGCAAAACUCCAAAAGAAAGCGGCGGAGUUCAACUUCAGAAACCAACUGAAAGUAGUGAAGAAAAAAGAGUUCACCUUGGAAGAAGAAGACAAAGAAAAAAAACCCGAUUGGUCCAAAAAAGGAGACGAAAAGAAGGUAAAGGAAGAAGUGGAAUACGAGGCAUAAUUACCUCGAACGAAGUUUAUCAUUGUAUUUCCAAUGAAUUGCAUAUUUUUACCCAGUUUUAUUUAUUUUCAUUAUUCUAUGUUCUUUCAACACCAGCAUGUAAUUGUUAUAACCAAAAUAUUUGUUGUCAAAUAUGACAGAUCAUAAAUGUCUCAUUAAAGUUA